GGGUCCCCGUCUUCCCCGUGCGUCAUGCUUGCUUUGCUACUCGAGUAGAAGCUUGAUUUCCCAUUCCUCAAGUUCAUAUAGGUAGGUGGCUAGGUAGGCAAGCUACUACUCUAGCUCCCUUCCCUUCCCUUCAAAAAAUUAAAGUCAAACUGAAUUUUAUUUUUCUGCUGAACUUGUGAAUGAUGCUACAGCUCCAUUGACGAGACUACUCUUACCCUUCUUCGUAAUACCAACGCGUGAUACUUCAGAGUCCGAAGCUACCCAGAUACCCCAUCUUGCUUUGCUUUGCCCAUCACUCAUACUUGCCUCCAUCUAAAUCAAGAUCACCUACUUUCUUGACAAAGUCAACGAAUCUCAACGAACUCAUAUCCAUACAUCCUACGUGAUUCUCUCGAUUCUCGCAGACCCAGCCUACACCGUUUCACGAUGAGUCCUUCAUUUGCGCAAGCGAAUCCAUUCGCGCGACGAGAUACCCAUCCACUUCAAGCAAUCUGGACAUAUAAGAUAUGUACAAUUAUAUCCUGGUUGUUGGUGGUAGUAGCCACCUUCUACUACAACUUCCACGCACCUCAAGAUGACAAGCACAGCUGGCGUCAUACCAUUUGGGAGCAGAAUAAGAUACACCACACACCAUUUGCUAUGAACGCUUUCAUUGCUUCAUUUUAUUGGUUAUUCCUCUUCAUUCUUCAAGUUGGAUAUGUCCUUCACCUCUUCAGCGACGAGGUUGAACAUGUCAACGCCGCGGCAUCGGUCGGAAGUCACUUCAUUCUCAACAAUCUCUUGCAAUUUGCAUUCGUCAUGCUGUUCGUUCGAUCUCACUUCGUAUGGGCUGAGAUUAUAUUGAUCAUUAAUUUCUUCAACCUUUCCUCGCUCUACUUCCGUCAUAACACCACCCCAAGAUUCAUUCACAUGCCUGCCACCUCUGGUCCACUUGCCUGGACAUUUGUAGCUUUAUAUUGGAACGGAGCUAUUGCCGUUGGAGCUCACAACCUUCCUGCACGUAUCAUAGCAAAUGUUGCAAUUUGGGGUAUCUUAGUAUAUGGACUCUUCUUUCUUGCUGCUUACAAGGAUUACACCAUGGGAUUUGCCCUUAGUAUCAUCACGGCAGCCAUCGGAGUUGGCCAAUUCUUCACAAAAGUAUUCGCCCUUCAGUGGAUCUUUGCUUUUACCAUAAUGGGUACUCUCUUCCUUGCUACGUUGAUAGUCGCCGUUCCUGGAAUUUUUGGCAAGGAGAUUUCAUUCAGGAGAGAAACUCCACUCGCUUCUGAAGAUCAAGAGAGAGCCCCUCUUUUGGACGAUCACUAAAUUGAUAGAAUUGACUGGGCGCUUGUGGUUUCAAUCAUUACCUGCCUAUAACUUGUUCAUGGAUAUCUUAAUAUCGCGAGGGUGAGUCACAAUCUGGAAACCAAACUUGGCGUAGGAAGGCUUCAAAAUAGUACGGGAAGUUUGUGGUAUCAUGUCAUGGGAACCCGAUGGGUUAAUAGGUGUUACGCAUGGAUUUAGGGGUUGUUCUGCCAUUAUCAUUUCUUCUUUUGGUUGUUUGACAGAUAAUGCGAAAUCUAUCACACUUCUAGGUUCAGGGCUAUCAGACAAAUUGAAUCUGUGUAUGCAUCAAAACUAAUUCUUUCUUGAUUUUGAUUUUUGCAAC